AUGGUUGAACACUGGAGAAGUUCAGUGGAAUUUCUGGAGAAGUUUGUGGCCAAAAGUGCCACGCUAACCCCAGAAGAGAAUUAUUUUUCCUAUAAGGGCAACUUGUACCCUGUUGCUGCUUGCCAGAUAGAAACUCUACAAGCUCUUGAAACCUUCGAAGCCAGGGCAGAUGAUGUGAUCUUGGCAGGAUAUCCUAAAAGUGGUACUAACUGGGUUGACCACAUCCUAAACCACUUGGCCAUCAUAUCUGGAAAGUAUACAGCAGAGGAAGUGAAAGAAAGACUCAGACUUGAAAAGGAAUUGGCAAUGACUCCACGCCUUGAGUUUGGGGAUCCAGACAAGCUCAAGAGGAUGGAAAAACUUCCUUCAAGAAGGGUCAUAAUAACACACCUGCAUCCUAAUUUGCUGCCCAAAUCUAUUUUCAAAAAUAAAGCCAAGGUUCUGGUGCUGUUUCGAAAUCCCAAAGACACGCUGGUGUCUUACUUUCAUUUUAGAAACAAGUUAUCUUCCUUUCCUUUGUCAUCUUGGGAUGCAUAUUUUAUUGAUUUUAUGAAUGGAAAAGUUCCAGGAGGAUCCUACUUUGACUAUGUGAAAGCCUGGGAUGACUAUAUUGAUAAUGAAAAUGUCAUGGUCAUCAGUUAUGAAGAACUAAAAGAGAACCUGUAUACAGGCAUUCAAAAGAUGGCUAAAUUCUUUGGGUUCUCCCUCACUGAAGAUGAGAUUAAAAGUGUUGUGAGAAGAAGCACCUUUGAGGCUGCGAAAGAGAGAUCCCUCGAAACCUAUGGGGCAUUUGGACCUGUUCUUUUCAGCAAAGGAUGUGUUGGCGACUGGGAAAGUAUGUUCACAGAAUCUCAAAGCCAAGCCAUGGAUAAAAAAUUUGAUGAGUGUUUAGCUGGAACUAAAUUAGGGGGCCCCUUCAAAUAUUGCUGCCUUGCCAUGGAGAAGGGUGUGAGUAAUUCAGAGAAGCUGAGUGCUGUGCCAUGCAGGGACACCCCUGCUCCCCUCACUUACGGGGAUCACCUGCCUGGGGAUAGAGCUGAAUGCCUAUCUCCUCUACAGCAAUGCACAAAAUCAUCACCAGAGACCACCACCAACCCAAUUCUUUAACUCUGCUUUGAGAGAAACCCUACUGACCAAGAUGUACAGGUCAUAGUGGAGAGUUCUGUCUAAACGUGAUCCACCUGGAGCAGGAACUGGCAAGCCACUCCAGUAUCUUUGCCAAGAAAACUCAAGGGACACAACAUCAAACAAAAUUAAGAACAUGUCCAUUGGUCUCAUCACCUACUGGCAAACAGAAAGGGAAGAUAUGGAGGCAGUGACAGAUUUUACCUUCUUGGGCUCC